AGCCUAGCGCUUUCGUUUUGGUCACUUGACAAAGUUUUUUCUUGUUCAUACUCCGUCUCACAUUCUCCAUGUCGGUUUCCAACCUCCCAACGCCGCCGAUUUCGACGUCAACUUCCUCGGCCACGUCUGUUGGCGCGACGGCAACGCCAGGGAGUGCAACUCCCGCGGCGACGUCUCCUGCUGCACCUCCAUUGGCGGGAGCUCCAGUCACUCGCCCCCCUCCUGCAGCCCCUCUUAGCGAGAGGGCUGCAUCCUUUCGUGAAGCGGUGACGCAACUGGAGGAGUUGCGCAACUCGGGUAUGCUGGGUGGUGAACAGUACGUCACUUUGGUGGACUCCCUUACCCGCCAGUACCUAAACCCCACCACCCCCACAACUGCUGCUGCAACGACAUUUUCCGGUGGCAUGGACUCCACACUCUCUUGGGACGUCAGUGUGAUGUCGCGGGAGAACUACGUCCGCAUGUACCCCUGGGCUCCGGAGUACGUGAAGGCCAAGUUGGGCCUUACUCGUAUUGAACAAGAGUACGCAGAG